GACUCACCACUGAAACAGUGGUAGCGGAGCCGGCUACGGCCGGCAGACCUUUCCUGGCCAUGCCGGGAGGAGCUCCGCGGCGCUUUCGCCCACGCCGUGGUGCCGCUGCAGCUGGGCGAGGGGGACAAGGACACCAAGCUGAUCCGGCUGCCGAUGAGAGCACCGAAGGGGAUGGCGCUGUGGACGAGGCCUGGGAAUCCGAAGGCCACCAACAUGGAGAUGGAGUGACCAGCAGCUACUUCGGAGCGAACGAGCAGGCUGGCCCUUCAACCUCUGCAACGACUGGUGCGCCUCAUGCCGAAGGCAGCGCAACAGCAGGCCCGACAGAGACCAAUGGGGCGACAGCUGCUCCGCCGCCUGGCUAUGGGAUUCCCAUGGACUCAAAUGCAAACAUGAGCCCAAUAACCAACGUAUGGUCUGGAGCGCCGGCUUCCAACUGGAGUUCGAUGCCAAGCAGAUUGUUUGGCACUACACCUCCGCAAGGAGUUCACCCUGGAGGACCAGUACAUGGGGGAUUGCCACCUCAAGCCUAUGGAGGUCUGGGCAUGGCAGACUAUGGUCAACCUUUUGGCCCCUAUGGCAUGGGUGUUUAUGGCCUGACGCCACCACAACCUGCAGUACCCCAACAAGCACUUCCUGGUGGACUUGGUGCGGUACCUCAACAAGCACUUCCUGGUGGACUUGGUGCGGUACCUCAACAAGCACUUCCUGGCGGACAUGGCGUACUACCUCAACAAGCACUUCCUGGUGGAUACGGCGCAGGACAUCGACCAGUACUCCCUGGCGGAUUUGGCCCUCAACCUCAUCAAGUACCUUCUGCAGUAUUCCAACAAGCUCCCAAUGGAAUGAUGGGCAAUGGAAUGCCUGGCUUUGGGCAGAACUUGCAGUCCAAUGGCAUUGGCUCGGGGGGCAACUCUCCAUUGGCAGGCAUGACGCCUCCGGUCGCUGGUAGCCCUGACAGGCAUGGACCGAGAGCGCAACCUGGAGACCCAUGGAGCAACUACAGGCCCACCGAGACCGUGACCAAUGCCAAGGAGUUCAGCCAAAGACUUCGAGAGGAACGGCCGGGCUUCAAGCCAGUGACUUCGGCCUUUGAAGCUAUGGGCAAGACGAUGCCGUCGUCUACAGCACCACCUGGUGCCAAUGUGACGAACGAGCAACUGCUGGCGAAGCUCGUUGAUGCGGUCUCUGGCGAUCGCAAGCUACCCAUUCCAACUUGGGACGGGACUCCAUCUGGACUACGUGGCUGGCUGCGACAACUGUCCUUUUGGGAGACGGAGUCGAACCUGCCCAAAGAGAAAUGGGGUGUGCGACUUUUCCAGUCCCUUUCUGGAGAAGCUCGCAAGAUCGCCGAGACGGUCAGCACGGAGGUCUUGCUCACCUCGGAUGGCUACAGCGCGGUGCUGACUUCGCUGAUGCAGAAGUUCCAGCCCUACUUGGACGCUGUUGGCCCGCUCUCCAUCGACACGUUCCUGUACUCAGGUGAGAGAGCCCCGAGGGAAACCUUCAACGCCUACUUGAGCCGCAAGUCCACCCAGAAGCAGGAGCUGGAGUCGCAGAUUGGUGCCGAGGUCCAUCCCUUGAUAGCUGGACGUGUGCUUCUUCGACAAGCUGGCCUGACCGAGAACCAACAACAACUUGUGGCCCUGAAGAAGCACACCCUGCUCUCCUAUGACGAGGUUGGACACGUUGGCCAAAGCUGGAGCGUUGACAACAGCGACGACUGGCAAGGUCUACAUGUGUAUUUGGACUGUGUGACUUGUGGUCGCAUGCAUCAUCUUUUGGAUUCGCCCACGCCCUCUGCUCACCUCCCUUUUGUGCUCUUUCACAUUCGGCGCGCUGUGGAUGGCUUCAAGUCUCGCUCCCUCGUUCGUGUGCCCAAUCGUGUUUCUUGGUUCGGUCGUACCUAUCAGCUCGCUGCUGCCACGAUUCACAUUGGUGAUGUCCCUGGCGCUGGUCAUUAUGUGACUGUUCUGCCUCCUUCUGCCUCUGAUUUGGGUUGGACUUGUCUUGAUGACUGCAGGCAAUACGUUCUGGCUUCUCCUGUCCAUCGGCAUUGGAAUUUACAACAAGAUGCUACCUUGCUUGCCUACAAGCUUGUUCCUGAGCGUGCUCCUUCGCCUUGUGACGCUGUCUUGGUUGCUGAUCCUUGUGACCCGUCUCCCACCAGUGCUUUGCAGUUUGUGGUUGCCAAUAUCACUAGUUGGUUUGCUGGUUGGCCUCAGGUCUUGAAUGAUCAUCCUCCCACUGGUGCGUGUCUCUGGUUGCUCUCGGAGACUCACCUUUCCAGCUCUGCGGCACGUGCCUGUCUCUGUGGUCUUCAUCGCAUUGGGCUCCACGGUGUCUUUAAGUGCAGUGCUUCGGCUUCUGUGGGUUCCAAGGAUUGCAAGACUGCUGGUCUCUCCACCUUGUCUGGUGUCGCCGUUGUCUCUACUUUGCCUGUGCGUGAAGCUCGUUGGUCGAAUCGCUCUCUCCAACGUUUGGCUGAUGAUGGUCGCCUGCUCCAUGUUACCUGUGCGAUUGCUGGCUGCCAGCCCUUGCAUGUGGUGGUUUUCUAUGGUGUGACUGGUGGCUCUACCAAGCCCUCUGUUACAAGGCAAAAUGAAGAGUACCUGAGAGACAUUACGGAAGAGUGUAUGUCUUGGGGUCAGGUUCCAAUUGUGUUUGGUGGUGAUUUCAACUUGUUACUUGCGGACAGCUUGGCUCUCAACAACUUGGUUCUGCAUGGCCGUUGGAUUGAUGCUGCUGCUGAGCAUGCUCGUCGUUGUGGUGUCUUAGAUCCCCCUCCGACUUGUUGGGCAAAUGCUUGUGCUAGCAAAGGCACUCGUGUCGAUGGCUUGUUUCUCAGCCCUUGUGUUGCCAAGUGCUUCACGUCUUUGUCGUAUCCGCCUUCUGGUCUGCCUACUCAUCAACCGAUCUUGGCUCAAAUGGAUGUGUCUCCACUUAAUGCCUUUGUGACCAGACACAAGACGCCCCGUCGUGCGAAGGAUUCUUCCUCUCCUGUUGUUCCUUCCUCUGACGCUUGCUGUGCUCAUGUUCAAAAGUUGUGGCGUUCUGUCGCUCCUGCCUGGCAGCGUGCUCGCAAUGGUGGUGUCACCUCUGACCUUUGGCCCUUGCUCACCAGAGUUGCAAAUGACUUCUACUGUUGGUAUGCGAGACUUCCGGUGUCUAAGAAGUCUAUGUGCCGUGGCCUCCCUGGUCCUCCCUGCAUGGUUCGUGUUGCUCCGCCUCGUUGUCGUGCUUUUGAGACUGCCACUAGUGUUCACAAUGCUGCGAGGCAGCGCUUUGCUAGGGCUUUGGAACAUGUUGCUCGGCUUCGCAUUCGCCUGGCUGAGAACUGCACUUCUGCUGAUGCCUUCCAUGAGUUUUCUCAUCAUUGGUUCAGGCUUGUCUCUCGCGCUUCCAAGUUUGUGGAUCCAUCGCUGUGGCAUGAGCUGUUCCCCUCCGGUGACCUUUUUGUUUCCCAACCUUCUUCUUGGCCAGUUUAUGAACAUCUGUUGCGUGUUCUUCGUACUCUCGAGGAUGAGUCCAACCGUGUGGUGCAAGCUGAGAAUCACUCUCGGCUCAAUGCUUGGAAAUUCUCGUGUCGUCGCAACUGGCGUGAUCCUGGUCGUCGCCGCUUUGUCUACACUUGGGUUCGUGAUGCGUGGCCCCUCGGUGUCGCUAGCGUGAAAUGCCCAAAAACUGGAAACGUGUCCAUGGACCCCAGUGAAAUUGAGCGUGUGCUUUGGGAACGGUGGCAACCUGUCUUUUGUCCCUCUCCUGAGCAGGAAGAACCUGCAGAUUUCUGUGCUUUUUGGAACAGAUUCAGCCAGUAUGUGAUCAGUGCUCCUGUGGUUCUUCCUACCUUGACUGGUGCUCGUUUGCAAUCCACUCUUUUGCGCAUGUGUAACCAUAGCUCUGGUGGUGCUGAUGGUUGGAACAUUGAUGAAAUGAAGACAUGGCCAGAAUUCUUGUUUCAAAAACUUGCUGACAUGCUCAAUGAUGUGGAAGCCAGCGGUGGUGACUGGCCCGAUGAGGUGCUGCUUCAAAUUGUCAGCCUCAUCCCCAAAGAUGAGUCUGGUGACGACCAGCGUCCUGUUACGGUGGCUUGCUUGGUUUAUCGCAUCUGGGCUGCAGCCCGUGCCCAAGAUCUGUGUGCGUGGCAGGAAACCUGGAUUCAUGAUUCCCAAAAUGCUUAUAGGCGUGGUAAACGUAGUGUGGAUCCAGCUUGGUCCUCAGCUGCUUCAGCUGAGCAUGCGUGGCUUUGUCAUUUUCACAGAGUUGGCUUUUCGCUUGACCUCGCCAAAGCCUUUGACCGUGUGCCGCAUCAAAUUUUGUAUAACCUCUUGGUGGCAAGUGGGUUACCUUGCAAUUUUUGUGAUACUUGGUUGAGUGCGAUAACUGGUGCCAAAAAGUAUUUAAAAAGUGCUUAUGGCUUGGGCCGUCCCUAUCACGUUAAUCGUGGUUUGCCACAGGGUGAUGCUCUUGCUUGUUUCGGCAUGAAUCUCUUAAUGUCUAUUUGGUCCAGAGCUGUUGCCAAUGAGUGCGCUGUCAGCGUACGGAGUUUUGCUGAUGAUGCCACUGUGGAAACUCAAAAUGUUGAUGCUGAACGUGCUGCCGGUGACCUUCAGGCCGCCAUCACUGUCACUGAGGAGUUCACCACUUUGACCAACCAAAAGCCCAACGUUAACAAAUGUUUUGCAUGGUCGACCACCCGUCGUGGUCGCAAAGCUCUUGCCUCCGUGCAGCUUCUUGGUCGGCCGCUUUUGCAAAAGACACAUGCCAAAGAUCUGGGUUGUCAAGCCUUGUAUUAUGGUCCUGCUCGCAUUACUGUGUUGCGUUCCAGGUUUCAGAAAGCUCGAAAGGCGGCCUUGCGCGUUCGUUGUGCUCCUCUUCGUCUAGAUGAAAAAGCUCAGUUAGUCACUGGUGCUGCUUGCAGCUUGGCCACUUAUGGCCUCGAAACUUGCCCAAUUGGUGACGGUGUGCUGUCUCGUUUGCGCAGUGCCGUCGUGUCGGCCUUGUGGGGAUUUCAUCGGCGUUUCCGCUCUGCUCAUGCGAUCUUGUUGCUUUUCACCCAAUCGCAUUUGACUGAUCCGUUCCAAGCCCAGAUGUGUCAGAGCUUCCUGACGCUGCAACGCUGCUUGAUUCGGGAUCCUGCUAUAGCCAAUGUCUGGGAAACUUGGUGGCAGAGAGCAUCGUUGAGAACCGCUCGCCCUCGUGGUCCGGUGACCUUGUUGUGGAAAAUUGUUUCUUGCCUUAACUGGACUUGGGUUUCUCCUUGGGUGGUUCGCAUUCACACUGGUCUCAAUGUGUCUCUUGUUCAAAUUUCUCCUGGAGAGUUUGCUCAUUAUCUUCGGGAUGCUUCGCGCAUUUGGGGCUGGCAGCAAGCCUUCACUCUUCACAAACACUUUGACGGUGUGCAAAAUGCUGGUGUUGAUCGUGUUGCUACCUUGCACAUGUGUGACAAAGGGGCGCUUUCCAGCCACUGUCUUCGCUUGCUUCGCAGUAUCUUGGUUGACGCAGUCUGGACUAUGUCUCGGCUUUUUCAGGCUGGUCGUGCUGACACAUCCGCCUGCACCUGUGGUCAUGACCACCAAGACACUGUUCAUUUCUUUUGGGAAUGUCCUUCGCUUGCUGAUCUCAAAAACAAACAUUCGUUGCUCAUGAGUCUUCGCCAAAAUUUUGGUCCUUGGUCUCCGUGCUUGGAACUCUGUGGUUUAGUGCCCGCUGACCUUGAAGUCCCACAGCAUACUAGAGUGCAGGUUGCCGUCUUGGUGCAAUCAUACUUACUGGAUGUCCUUCGUCGGUCGUGGAAAGAAGAUGGCUGGCCGCCCAACAAAGAUGUUGGGUCCGAACCGCGGCCGACACAGGUGUCGCCUGAAUUUUUAGUGUUAAAAUUGCCGCCGGAAGUGCCCCGGCUGUCCACAACCACUUUUCCUUGGCCUGAAGCUUUUGCUCGUGACUUGUUGGAAUUUCUUCGCACCUUGCAGUGGCCCAAAGGUCCCACCCGUGAUGGUGUCUCUUGGGCUGAACUUGCUGUGAAUUUUGAAAUUGUAACUGGUAAAGCCUUGCCACGAACUCCGAAAAAGCAUCGUGCCAGAAAAUUUCGGACUUAUGGCGAACCUGCCGUUCCUUUGUUGGUAGCCCCUGACAAUUUAUAUUCUAAAGUGCUAGCAAUGUCCAAUGCUUGCCGCAGUCUUGCAAGACUCAUUGGCACGCAUGUGGUUGUUGGUCGGCAAUCUCGUUAUCAAUGUAUUCCCAACCUACCUGGCAAACAUCGGUUCAGUGGUCUCGACCGAAGACCUGUGAUGACUAAGGCAGAUGAAACCAUCCAGGCCCUGGAGGCUUGUUUACAUGAGCGCGUCGCUGUUGAAAUCCACAAUGCUUCUGCUGACAUCACUGCUGGUGCUACUCCAGCAACAAAUCCAGUUUGUGAUGAUGCCGCAACGGAGACACCGACUGCAAAUUCUGCUCCGAAGCCUGAUCCGAAACAGGCUCAAAGCAGUGGAACUCAGCCAGCUCAUGUUGUCUCGGCUGAGAAACAUGAAGUCUUCAAACGUGACAAUCGCUGGUCCACAAAGCAGCUCCGAAGCUGCUUCCAAGGAAGACAGUUUUGUCCAUGA